AUGGGUGAUAAUACAACAGCUAAUGCAACAGCUACAGCGGCUCCAGCAUUUACAUAUCAAAAUGGAGAUAUUGCUUGGACCUUGGCUUCUACAGCAUUGGUGUUUCUUAUGAUUCCGGGAGUAGGCUAUUUCUAUAGUGGUAUGGCUCGUAGCAAAAAUGCCUUAUCACUUAUUAUGCUUGGUAUGUUAUCGGUCGCCGUUGUAUCGUUUCAGUGGUGGCUAUGGGGUUAUAGUCUAACUUUUGCCCCCGCACCUAGUCAAUUUAUUGGAACGUUAGAACAUGCUUUCUUGUUGAAUGUAGGUGACGCUCCACAAAGUGCUACUGCUACAGCUGCUGUACCUGGUUUAGUGUAUGCCAUUUAUCAAUGUAUGUUCGCUGCAAUCACUCCAGCUUUGGCAAUUGGUUCUGCUGCUGAACGUGGUCGUAUAGUUCCUGCUGCUAUAUUUAUUUUCAUUUGGGCUACUAUUGUUUAUGAUCCAAUCGCUUGUUGGACUUGGAAUAGUGAUGGAUGGGCUUUCAAAUUAGGAACUUUAGACUUUGCUGGUGGUACUCCCGUACAUAUCGCUUCUGGUACCGCUGCUCUUGCUUAUUGUCUUAUAGUUGGUAAACGUCAUGGUCAUGGAACUGAUGAAUUUAAACCUCAUAAUAUCGCUAAUGUCGUUCUUGGUGCCGUUUUUCUUUGGUUCGGUUGGUUUGGUUUCAAUGGUGGUUCCGAAUUAUCCGCAAAUACACGUGCUGCUACUGCUUGUAUUGUUACUAAUUUGGCUGCUGCUGUUGGUGGUUUGGUUUGGGCAUUAAUGGAUUAUAGAUUAGAAAAGAAAGUUUCAGCUCUUGGUUUUUGUUCUGGUGUAGUUGCUGGUUUAGUAGCUAUCACUCCUGGUUCUGGUUUUGUUGAAUGUUAUGCUGGUGCUAUUUAUGGUAUUUUUGCUGGUGUUAUUUGUAAUUUAGCUGUUAAGUUAAAACAUAUUUUUGAUUUUGAUGACGCGUUAGAUGUAUUUGCUGUACAUGCUGUUGGAGGUUUAACUGGAAAUAUUCUUACUGGUAUUUUUGCUAGUAAAAAAGUUUUUGCUUUGGAUAAAAUAGAUCGUCUUGGUGGUUGGAUAGAUGGAAAUUGGGCUCAAAUGGGUUAUCAACUUGCCAAUUCUGGUGCUAGUAUAGCAUAUAGUUUUGUAGUAACUUAUCUUAUAUUAUAUAUCAUGGAUAAAAUUCCAGGACUUUCACUUCGUGCUGAUCUUGAAUCAGAAACUAAAGGUCUUGAUGAAUCUGAACUAGGAGAAUUGGCUUAUUACCAUGUUGACAGAUUAGUUUCCGUAAAUACAAGAACUGGUGAAACUAAAACUGUUAAAGAAGAAACUGUUCAUCAACAAAAUGAUACCAACGUUUCGAUCGUGUAA